CGACCGGCAGCCAGCGCCGCGCCGGUGGGAGCCGGCCGGGCCCCGCGGGUGGCAGCCAUGGAGCCGCGGAGCUGCUGCUGCCUGCUCCUUCUCAGCCUGGGUGCGCUGUUGGUGCUGCUCUCGCCGAGACCCGGGAACACCAGCUCAGUAACUCUGCCAGAAACACUGUUGUUUGUUUCAACCCUUGAUGGAAGUUUGCAUGCUGUCAGCAAGCGGACAGGAGCAAUCAAGUGGACUUUAAAAGAAGAUCCCGUACUCCAGGUGCCAAUACAUGUGGAAGAGCCAGCAUUUCUUCCUGACCCAAAUGAUGGCAGUUUGUACACACUUGGUGGCAAGAAUAAUGAAGGCUUGACUAAACUUCCAUUUACUAUCCCAGAGCUGGUGCAGGCAUCUCCCUGUCGCAGUUCAGAUGGGAUCCUGUACAUGGGUAAAAAGCAGGAUAUUUGGUAUGUGAUUGACCUCAUGACUGGAGAGAAACAGCAAACCUUGACUUCCUCAUUUGCAGAAAGUCUUUGCCCAUCAACAUCCCUCCUGUAUCUUGGGAGAACAGAGUACACGAUCACAAUGUAUGACACCAAGAAGAAGGAGCUGCGAUGGAAUGCCACCUAUUUUGAUUAUGCAGCUACUCUGCCUGAUGAAGACAUAAAAUACAAAAUGUCUCACUUUGUGUCUAAUGGAGAUGGACUGGUGGUGACCGUAGACAGUGAGUCUGGGGACGUGCUGUGGAUUCAGAAUUACGCUUCUCCUGUGGUAGCUUUUUACAUCUGGCAACUUGAAGGAUUGCGGAAGGUUAUGCACACUAACGUAGGGAUUGAAACACUGCGGUACCUGACGUUCAUGUCUGGGGAGGUUGGACACAUUACCAAGUGGAAAUAUCCUUUCCCAAAGGAAACAGAGACCAAGAGCAAACUGACACCAACUCUGUAUGUAGGGAAAUACUCCACAAGCCUGUAUGCAUCGCCAUCAAUGGUGCAUGAAGGAGUAACUGUUGUGCCCCGUGGCAGUGCCAUACCCUUACUGGAGGGUCCAAAAACAGAAGGAGUCACAAUUGAAGACAGUGGGGAAUGUGUUAUCACCCCCAGUACGGAUGUGAAGUUUUCGGGCAGGUUGAAAGGAAAGAGCAAGCUCCACUAUUGGAACGACUGGCUGUUAAUAGGGCACCAUGAAACACCGUUAUCUGCCCCUACAAAGAUCCUGGAGAAAUUCCCAAGUAACUUACCUAAGAGGCCUGAAAAUGUGAUUCCAGCUGACUCUGAAAAAGCCACUAUUGAAAAGGUGAUUGAUAUCGUUGAAGGUUCCUCCACAGAAGUGCCUCCUGAUGUUCCAAAGGAUAUUGAGGAGAAACCUGCUCGGCCUGUCCCUCGGCCAGAGGCUCCUGUGGACUCCAUGUUAAAAGACAUGGCCACCAUCAUCCUCAGCACCUUCCUGCUUGUGGGCUGGGUGGCUUUUAUCAUCACUUAUCCAAUGAAUGUCCAUCAGCAGCAACAGAGGCAGCAUCAGCUGGAAGAGAAGAUACAGCUCUUGCAGCAACAGUCACUGCCCUUCCGUGGUCCCAGUGAGAUGCCCCCAGAAGCAGAUUUCUUGGACACCUCCAAUGGACGCACAGAGAGCUCAGCUGCCAGCACACCGAAUGUGUCCCCCAGAGCAUCAAACCAUUCUGCCUAUUCCAACAUCUCCACAUCUGAUGUUGGGAGCUGCCUCUCCACUGAGCAAGAAGAUGGAGAUGAAGAUGCAAACAGAGUGAUGGUUGGCAAGAUCUCAUUUAACCCCAAAGAUGUACUGGGACAUGGAGCUGAAGGGACAAUUGUUUACCGGGGGACGUUUGAUAACCGUGAUGUUGCGGUGAAAAGAAUUCUUCCCGAGUGCUUCAGCUUUGCAGACCGUGAGGUGCAGCUGCUGCGAGAGUCGGAUGAGCAUCCCAAUGUGAUCCGCUACUUCUGCACGGAGAAGGACCGGCAGUUCCAGUACAUCGCCAUUGAGCUGUGUGCUGCUACCUUACAGGAGUACGUCGAGCAGAAGGCCUUCAGUCACCAUGGCUUGCAACCCAUCACUCUCCUGCAGCAGACAACGUCUGGUCUUGCGUACCUGCACUCCCUCAGCAUUGUCCACAGGGAUCUGAAGCCCCAUAACAUCCUCAUCUCGAUGCCUAAUGCCCAUGGGAAGGUCAAAGCCAUGAUCUCAGACUUUGGCCUGUGCAAGAAGCUGGCAGUGGGCAGGCACAGCUUCAGCCGCCGAUCGGGUGUGCCAGGCACCGAAGGGUGGAUUGCCCCAGAGAUGCUGAGUGAAGACUGCAAAGAGAACCCUACAUAUACCGUGGACAUCUUUUCAGCUGGCUGUGUCUUUUAUUAUGUGAUAUCUGAAGGCAGCCAUCCCUUUGGCAAAUCUCUGCAGCGGCAAGCCAACAUUCUGCUGGGUGCAUACAGCCUGGAGUCUUUAAAUGCAGGGAGACAUGAAGACAUAGUCGCUCGUGAUUUAAUAGAGCAAAUGAUAAGCAUGGACCCUCAGAAACGUCCGUCUGCCAGCUGUGUGCUGAAACACCCCUUCUUUUGGAGUCUAGAAAAGCAGCUCCAGUUUUUUCAGGAUGUUAGUGACCGGAUAGAGAAAGAAACUUUAGAUGGCCCUAUAGUCAAGCAGCUAGAAAAAGGUGGAAGAGAGGUGGUGAAACUGGACUGGAGAGAGCACAUCACUGUCCCUCUUCAGACAGAUCUUCGAAAAUUCAGAUCCUACAAAGGAGGCUCCGUGCGGGAUCUUCUGAGGGCAAUGAGGAAUAAGAAGCACCAUUACAGAGAACUGCCUCCUGAAGUGCAAGAGACCCUGGGCUCCAUUCCAGAUGACUUUGUAUGUUACUUUACAGCUCGUUUCCCUCAGCUGCUCCUACACACCUACCACGCUAUGCACAUCUGCUGCCACGAAAGACUCUUUCAGCAUUACUAUGAUGAGGACUCCGCAGAGCUGAGCCUUACAGGAGACACUGUUUGAGAUUAGGCGGAUGGAAUUUCCUUCUCUAGGACCAACAUUCCAAGCACAGGGCUGUGACACAGGCCUACCUUUAGCAGGGAAAAGAGGGACCAAAGAGCUGAAUUCUCUCUCUUUGAAGAAACCAAGCUUCCAAGAAGUGCCUUGUACCUCUGCCUGCGCUGGACCAGGAGAUGGUGGGAGCCCAGGGAGCAAGUGGUAACCUCAGAAAAGCAAUGAACCCUGGUGAUGGAGUUAUUCGCAAGAUGGUAAAAAUGGAGAGUAAAAGCUGGAUAUAACCAUCACCCAAUAUCCCUGUACUGUUCUGAUCUUAUAGCUGAUGUGUUUUACUACAAAGAAUCAAAUACAGUGAUUGAAAUCAUAGCAUUGCUAGGGACUGGGAUCUGCAAAAGGAGCCUUUUAGUUGUAGCAACUCGCCAGAACCUGCCACUGCAUUACUGCCAAGUUAAGCAUUAGGCACACCACAGUGAUCGUAAAGGGCUUUAUGAUUAUCCAAAUCUAGUAGGGAAGAGUACAAUUUCUGCUUUAUACUAACCUGGAAGUCAAGUCCCUCGUAGCUGAGCAGAUGUGAUGAAGUUAUAAAGAUGCUGACUUGAGAAAGCCUUUAAAGGUUUACCGUUUACCUUUGAAAAUAAGCCCCAUUGUUUAAUUAUCAAGCAGUAUUUACAGAACAGCUUGAACUUGACUUAAAUCGCAGUAUCAGUUCGACCCAGUGACAUUAGAGCAAUACAGUGCUCCCAGCUGUGAGCUGCUCAUGGUGGCUAACCAUGGCUACACAGUGAGUGUCCUGGGCCUGUGAAGCCAGGAGCACCAGAGCCAGAAGUAAGACAAGUCCUGAGGAAAACGGAACUAAAUAUUAAACGCAGGGCCUCUCCUUGUUUCCUAUGUGUGACAAAGCUAUGAAAGAACUGCCCCCACCCCGUUCCUGUUUGCAGGUUGCAGAUUACAUCAAGCCUCUGGUUUUAAAGAUGCAGUAUUUCUUUUCAUUGGCCCAAAAGCUGUGACAAAGCAUUGAUCGUGCAAAGAAGAAAGAAAUGCUGAAUUCUAAUGGAAGUGGGGUGUUCUUUUACAAUAUAUUUAUUUAAUGUAUUUAUAUUUAUUUAAUUUUUACUACAAAGUGGUAUUGGAUCCAAGUGGUACAAGUACAAAGCAUGCCAAAUCAGUCUUAAUUGGGUUUGUGUUGAUACUUAAUCAUGUUAUAACUGGAAGAGGAAAGCGAUACUGCAUCUUUCAGUGAAAUUCAUUAAAGGAUAAAUUACAAAGUGGGAAUUUGUAUGGCUGAGCCAUUAUGUCUUACCAAUAAUCGACAGUACUGUAGGUACUGUACAUAUGGACAGUAUGACUGGGUACGUACAGCUACUUUGUGGGAAGUUUUCUUUCCUCAUUUUACAAUGUACAAGAUGCCAAUGGUGUAAAUUACCCAUUUCUAAAGUUUGAAGCAAACCAAUGGUAGUUUUACCUAGGAAGAGUCAAAGCCUAUUUCAUAUUUUUAUACUCCUCAUGUAAAGCUCUUUUGUAAACCUACUAAAUAAAGACUUGUACUCAGA